AUGCUGCUCUGCCCUCUUAUUCCCUUCUUAGACACCCAAGUGGAGACAAGGAUGCCGUCCAAAAUCGCACCCCGCCUACGCAGCAUGCCGUUGCUGUUGUUUUCUGUGGUACUCACUAUUGUUAUGCUCAUAUACACUAUAUUCUGGUAUGGGGGCGCAUCAUCACCCCAUUUAUUAGAAGAAAUUGUUUCUCCUGUCCAAGAAAGACUGACACCCGCUCUGGAUAAUAGUGAUUAUAAUCUGAAUUACUCUGCUUACCUUCCAGAAACACUAUCAACUAUAGUGAAGUCGCGCACGGAAUCGUGGAGAGCGGAUAGUCUGUCGAUGAUGCUACAGCCACGAGAAUACCGUCGCAUGACGUGUGCCCAGCUGCGCACACAACACCAGCGUGAGAUUUCAAUUGCCGCUGGACACAACAAGCACUCCAAGAGACCUUUGCGUGACCGUCGUGGAAUCUUGCUCGCAGAUCCGUAUCCCGUGUGUGGACGCUACCUGCUCUCACGUCUAACGGGUGGGAAGCACCGCUAUGUGUUUGUUGUGCGUACCGGGCGCUCCCAGCCGUCACAGUUGCCGAGUGUGCUGACGGUGAGGGCGGGGGAUUGG